UUGGCCAUUUACCAAUUUAUCCAAAAAAAAGUGUAAGAUUGUGUGAUAUUGUUUGCUUCCUCAGAAACCCUAAAAGUUGAAUCAUAGAUGGAACUGACAUGGUUGAGUGCCAUUCUGGUGGGAGCUGGUUAUCUUGCUUUGGGUUACUUCAUUGGUUCUCAGUAUCCUCCUCGUUUCAUUUUCUCACGUAAAUUAUUGACGAAACACAACGAUGCUACACUUUUCAACGAUACCAACAAUAAGAGAAAUAGUAAGUCCAAACUCAAAGACCCUCUUCAGAUUGAACAACUAGCUGACAUUCUCGAUGAUUUUAAGAUGAUUCUCGUUGUCAGAAAUGAUCUUAAAAUGGGCAAAGGGAAGAUUGCUGCUCAGUGCAGUCAUGCAACGUUGGGUCUCUAUAAAAAGCUCCUUCAUCGAGCACCAAAGGCGUUGAAUAGGUGGGAGAUGUCUGCGCAGCCAAAGGUUGUUGUCAAAAUUGAAAGUGAAGAAGAUAUGCUUGCUAUGCAGGAAAGGGCUAAAUCUCUGAAGUUACCCACCCAUAUCACAAUUGAUGCUGGGAGAACACAGAUUGCACCAAAUUCCAGAACAGUGAUGGCAAUUCUUGGACCCGUUGAGGUAGUAGAUGAGGUAACAGGUGGACUUAAACUACUAUAGUCUUCUGUCGGAUCAACAUGGUGCUGUUGAUCAUGAACCGCGAGUGUUCACGAAGGAUAGCAGCUCGAACUAAUUAUGAACCGCGUGAAGAUUUGCCGUGUUCUUUGUCUACAAAAUGAUUUGGGAUUAAUCUUUAGUUGACAGUGAUGAUGAUGAUAAUGAUGAUGAUGAAAUUUUUGUUUUAAAAUCCUUGCUGAUAAAAACUGUGGAACUGAGUUCAGUUUGUAUGAGAUAUUAUUUAUAUCAGGGUGAUUCUUGGCUUCCAAAAUGU